AUGGCUGAAUUUGGCUUCCCACUUGUUCAAACUGAUCUUAGAUUUGUUAUUAAAAGCUAUUUGGACAAGAAAGGCAUUGUGAUCAACUGCUUCAAAGACAAUCUGCCUGGUUAUGAAUUUAUUAAAUCCUUCCUUAGAAGGCAUAAAGAACUAACCACACGAUUUUGUAGCAGUAUCAAACGUGUGAGAGCAGCAAUUGACAAGACUGUCAUUAAUGAGUAUUUUGACCACCUUGAGGUUUCAGUUAAGGAUGUCUCUCCAGAAAACAUUUGGAAUUAUGAUGAGACCAAUCUUAGCGAUAAUCCUGGCACAGUCAAUGUAAUUUGCAAGAAAAGUAUUAAAUAUGUGGAGGAAAUCAUGAAUAGCUCAAAAACUUCAACAUCUGUUAUGCUGUGUGGGAAUGCUGUGGGAGAGCUGUUACCACCAGAUGUUGUCUAUCGAGCUGGGAAUCUGUGGACAACAUGGACUGAAGGUGGUCUAGUAGGAUGCCAUUACGAUCGCACUAAACAUGGAUGGUUUGAUGGUGCAACAUUUGAGGACUGGUCUAGGGUUCUUUUGCUACCAAGACUCAACAAACAGCAAGGCAUGAAAUUAGUGAUUGGUGGCAACUUGUCUACUCACAUUAUUCCAGAAAUUCUACAACAGUGUGAGGAAAAUAACAUUAGAUUUGUGUGUCUCCCUCCUAGCUCCAUCCACCUCACACAGCCUCUGGAUGUAGCAUAUUUUGCUCCAAUGAAGUAA